GCCGCAGCUGCCUAGAGAAUGAUACUGUCGUUGCACGGGGAUAACUAGGACUCGGAAAUCCGAGAGAAUUUAUGGAGCUCAGAAAUGUAAUACGGAGGCCUUGAGGAAGGAAUACGGAGGCCGAGAAGGAGCUUGGAAUAUGACGAACAAUUACCUUGAACUGGAGGAUUCCAUGGCUGAGAGUAGGCUGCGGGCUCCGGACGUAGGGUUUCAGCUAAGAGUUUCCCAUUGUCUGGAAAAAUGCCACAGGAGCUCAUGGGAUGCUGGGAGGCAGCCCUUUUCUGGAAAGUCCUUUUACUUGGAUCUGCCUGCUGGCAAAAAACUCCAGUUUUUGACAGAGGCCAUUCAGCAACUGGGUGGGGUAAUUGAGGGUUUUCUGAGCAAAGAAGUAAGCUACAUUGUGUCCAGCCGCAGAGAAGCAAAGGCAGAGAGUGGUAGGACAAGCCUCAGAGGCUGCCCCAGCCCCAGCAAGAUCAGAGUGGACAUAUCUACCAUGGUUGAUCCAAAAGGCAGCCACAUGAGGCCUUCACAGAAACCUAUAGACUCGGUGCCAAUGAGCAGAGGGAAGGAGCUGUUAUGGAAGGCCAUCAGGAACCAGGGGAGCAGCAGUGGAGAAGGCAGUGGGAGCAGCAGCCAAGGCCUUCUGACCAAGGCCCGCUCCUGGGGAGUGAGGAUUCUGCACGUGGACGAAAUGCUGAUGCACGUGCAGCAGCUGUCUCUAGGUCCUUUAUGUGUGAAGAAACAAGAGCCAAAGAAACCAGAGGGAACACGUCCAGCAGCAGAGUCAAGAACGCGGAAAGUGGCCAGACUGAAGGCACCGUUCCUCAAAAUUGAAGAUGACAGCAGGAAGUUUCGUCCUUUCCAUCAUCAGUUUAAAUCCUUUCCUGAAAUUUCUUUUCUGGGACCCAAAGAUGCAAGUCCCUUCGAGGCCCUGAUGACCCCAGGCAGCUCGCAUCACACCAGAGAACCCAAGGACCAAGAGCCAAGCCUGCGAUCAGCUACCCACACUGUGCCCAGGAGGAAGAAGGGGUACUGCGAGUGCUGCCAAGAGGCCUUUGAGGAGCUCCAUGUGCAUCUUCAGAGCACCCAGCACAAGGGUUUUGCCCUCAAAGCCUAUCCAUAUGCAGAAGUUGACCGUAUCAUUGCCCAGCUCAGCCACGGCCUUGCAGACAUCCCCUUCCAGCCCAGCCUCCCCAGGUGGUCAGGUUCCCCAGUUUUUGAUUAUGACUCUCUCUGUCCUGAGACUGUGCCCCCCAGCCAGCCCUUCCAUCCCAAGGCAGCAUCUCCCAGGAUGAAGAAAGAAGAUAACUGGCAGGUUCCACGCACCCCAGAGCAGGAUGGGACAGUGGGCAGCAUGAAGACACCAGCUGAACCUGCAGCUACUGGCAAGGUGCCCAGACAAGCAGCAAGCUUCCAGGAGCUGGGGGGGUCAGUUACUGUGUUCGUAGACCCCCCAAGGACAUCAGAGCAUGGGAGCCCUGUUUGUCAGAGCCUCUCAACCAGCUCCAGUUUUACAGACUUCUCUUCUGGCCCAGACGUGGCACUUGUUGGCCAUAAGCGAAAGGUUGAGUUCCCCAGUGGCAAUGCUGAGAAGAGACCAGGGGCCUCCUGGCCACAGGCCUCAUUUUUUGUCCCAAGAGCCCCCAGUCCCUGUAUCACCAGGACAACCAUUGAUGGGCAGCUUCUGUCUCUUUCCCUUCCAAGCCAUGAGUCCAGGCGUCCUGCCUCCCUCCUACCUUUGUGCCACCUACAGACUGGCCUCUCCCUCCCACACUCUUUCUCCUGGCAGCCCACAGACAGACCAGCAGAGUUCUGGGCCACACAGUCCCCCUGGCCUAGGGGAGGCUGGUGCCCAGGGUCUAAGGAUUCUGAUUGUACAGCUCCUGGCCCUAUAUCUUAGCAGCUUGGCUGGCUCCCCAGCUGCUCCAUAGCCCCAGGCCAGCCAUCAGCCCACCUGUACUCAGCUGCUAGUGCACAACUUCCAGUGGGCACAUCUGUUUCUCUUCUGCCCACUGCCAGCCAGUAGGGGAGCCAGCGCUCCCAGUGGGUCUGGGUCUCCCAGCCUCUCCAAGUGCCCUCCCUCCCUGUCUCUCAGCCCCAGUCCCAGCUCUGUACAGGCAGAGAGCUGUUCCUAUGA